AUGAGGAUCAAGAGCCACGACCAGGCUAUGAAGGCCAUCGCCUUCAUCUGUAUGCUUGUUGCAAUGGCAGCGUGCUUUGCUGCCAUGAUGCAGGUAACCCCUUGCGUUUGUUCAUCAGAGAAGAAUGCCGCUGAUCAGAGGUGGUUUGUACUUAGACUCGAAACACCACCUGAAGUGAUGCAGACUAAGGCAAAGUCGUCCAAGAAGGCAAAGCCUAGCUUCUAUGGAGUCUCGCACGUGAAGACGUGGGGCAAGGUUUACGAGCCAGUUCUACAGAAGCUCCCCAGAAGCGCGAGUCAGAUUUCUUAUCCUCUCAAAGGUGCCGCAGCGGAGGAGUUUGCAUCCAUUCACAAGGAGGCCAAGAGACUGGAGGUGCCGACGAUUGAUUCCAACUUGCAGCAAUUGACACUGAGUGCAAAGAAUGUUUAUGAUCCAGCGACGGACAGAAAUCCUUCCAAGAAUAUGCCCAAGCACACCGGUGUGCAGAAAGACGACAAGUGGUGGUCCUUCGAAUCUUAUCAUGGAUCUGCUGCUCAUGGCGGAGACUCGUGGUGGCAGCACGAUCACACUAAUCGCGGAUACUAG